UGGUAAAAACACAACAUUUCAGCCCAACGUGUUACAACUUGGGCUUGUCGUGUCUCUUUAAAAAAAGCCAGCGAGUGAGAAUAAAACGACAACGUGUUAGCGCAAGGCAGAAACGACGUCGUCGUCUCUGUCUUCACUUCACACACCAAAGAUGCCGCCUGCCUGAAGAUUCUCUCUCUUGUUCCCUCCUCAGACAAUUUGAGAUUUGUUAGAGAUGAGCUCGUCGAUUCGACGUUUAUCGUUAACGCGGCGGUUGAGCAGCGUCGUCGAGUCCUAUCAACGGCAUCUCUGCGGCGUGAAGGACGAAGGAGACUGGUUCAACUCGCGGGAAUGGUGGGAAGGAGGUCACACCGUUUCACAAUCUUCUUCUAGCAAAGGGAACGGCGUCGUUUCUGUGGUCUCCCACCCUUGUUCUCUCCCUAGUAGAGAAUCAUGGGUAGAAACUGAAAGAUGGCUAGAGAAGAGGUAUAAGGAGAUAAUGGGAAGAAGAGACGACGGAGACAAGUACAAGAUACUUGGUUAUCAAUGGAGAUCACUUCGCUUCAACGAUGAUACUCGUCAAAGCACUGUCAAAGUCAUGGCUGCUUCUACAUCUUUGCAACCCACUUCCAUUUUCUACAUGCAACAGCCUCAUUGCCUUGCUGUUCCAUAUUUGAAGAGCAUGGUUUCAGUGGGAUUGACUUCUCUUACAGCUUCAAAAUAUGAUAUGACGAGUGCAGCUAUUGGGAAGAAACAAAUGCGCAUAUUAUGCGUUGGUCACGGUGGAGGAAGCUUACCCUUGUUUUUAGCUAAUCAUAUUCUUGGUGCUGUUGUUGACAUAGUUGAGAUCGACCCAGUAGUUAUAUCAGAGUCGGUUCGAUCUAUGGGCUUCCCUGCAUUCUCUGUCAUGACAUCAACCGGAAAACGUGCGUUACCAACUCCUCACAUUAUUGACCAAGUGAUGUGGCGAGGUAUCCAUGAGAGACUCUUCCUCUACCAGUCGGAAGCUAAGGAAUUCAUUCUCAAUAACCAAAAUAAUAAUAGUUCUACUUAUGACAUGAUCUUCAUGGAUGCUUAUGAUGGAGCUGACAUUUUUCCACAUACUCUGUGGGAUCCCAAUUCUCUCUUCAUGAAAGCUCUGAGCCAAAGACUUCACCAUGAGCAUGGAACUCUGGUGGUGAACCUUCACUCUGGUGCAGACAUCUCAGAAGAAGGUUUAACAGCGGGAAAGUAUGUUACCAAAGUCGGUAAAGCCUAUAAAAAGGGUUUGAUGGAGGAGAAUGAGAGGAAUGGAUUGGUUUUUGCAUGUGAAGUUCCAUGGCUAUGUAAUGUGUCUCUGGUGGUGAGCAGAGGCAUGAUUUCAAAUGGAAGACAUAGAGACAAAAUCAAGACCAGUCUCAUGAAGUCUUCCUUAGAAGUAGACAAAAUUCUUCGUCUUCCUUUCUCUUGCCUGGAUUACCUGAAAACUGGUCUUGCUAUCAUAUAAAUUGAUACCCAGAUAUGAGCUGCCAGAUUGUGUGACUGCGCCACCAAUUGUGUUUGUUCAUGCACACCAUUUGUUUAUGGAGAUUACAACUGGUCGGUCCGUAACGGAACACUGACCACAGCUGAUGAAGACCGUGUCCAGAUGGAAUACGCAGAGACGGCCCAGUUUUGUGGACUGUUUUUACUAUUUCAUUAACCUGUGUAUUACAAAAUUGGUGUCGUCUUUAGAUAAAGAGUAAAACAAGCAAAAUCAAACUUCGAAAAACGUUGUCUUUAAAGAU